UUAGGCAACGUUAAUUUCUGUCUUUCCAAAAGACGUUUGUUAAUUCCAAAAGAAUGUGGUACGCCGACAAAUACGUCAAUCUGUUGCUCUAGGCAAAUAAAGUUUUCCGAAUUAAAGGCUCAGCAUUGACAUUCACAUGACGUCCCACAUCAUUGACGUAUUUCGGCUUGCUUGGUUUUGGAGAAAUCUGAUUUGACUGCUUUGAAUAUGGAAGAAACCGAAAUAGAUACCUCUGAACUGGAAGGUAGAAGAUUGGCUGCUCCUGUAAUAGAAGAAUCUGACUCGAUGGUUUCAGGAGGCAGGAUCAAGACACUUUCCAGAAAGGGACUGCUAUAUACAAGGGAAAAUAUGGAUAAACAAUUGUCAAAUCUAUUCCGGAACUUGAAGCGCAAGUCAGAAAAUAUCGAGAAACUAAAGGCCGACAAAUUAGCUCCUAGAAACGUUCAGCUUGAAUAUGCUAAAUGGUUGGAAAUGUAUGAAGAGUUUAUUAAGGUGAACGAGGAAUAUUGUACACUUCUAUCAGCAGACGAGAAAGAAGUAUACCUGGUUAAUAGCUGGGAGGAGAAAGACACUUACUUGAAGAACUUUAAAGUAUCUUAUGAGGGCUGGUAUUCGCAUGCGCAUUCACAAGAAAAACAGAGAAGCUUGGGCAGUGUUGGAUCACGAAUAAGUUGUAGCAGUACAGUAUCAUCAGCACGACUGAAGGGUGAACAAGAAAAGGUAGAACUUGAGGCUAUGAAAAUUUCUUUGAAGAAGAAACAAGAACUAGAAUUAAAAAAACUGAUGUUAAGGCAAGAAGAAGAAGAACUGAAUUUGAACACUAAAAUGGCGAUAGUUGAAGCCAAGAAUGAAGUGUUAAAUAGAUUUGUGUGUCAAAAUGAUUACUGGAGUUCUAGAUAUAGCCAGUCAAGUAUUAGUCCGUCAGUACUAAACUUAAAUGCCGCCCCUUUUGUCCCUGCUAGUAAGAAUAAUGAUGUCACAAAUGUUAUGUCUAAUGUACAUGCAGCCACUACUUCUCAAUGUAAUGAAAUUGUAGGUUGUGGUUCGGGGCUUCAAUUACACACUGACACCACUUCUCACAGUAAUGAAAUUAUGAGAGGCAGUACUGGGGUGAACAUAGGUACUACAUUUCAGAAUAGUUUAGUGACUAAGGGCGAUGCAAGACCGCAUGUUCGUCCUGCAUUUCAAAGUACUGAAAUAACAAAUUGCAACGCAGGUUUAUGCUUAGAAUCUACAUCGCAAAAAGAUUCUGGUACAGGGUGUCAAAUAGGAAAUAUUGCAGGUCAGAAUGUUGAUACUAGAAAUGGGAUCGGGUUUCAGAAUAUUGAAAUGAAUGAUCAGAAUAGGUCUGUAAAUGUCAGAAAUGUAGGUCAUGAUCCAUGUCAAAGCUUGUUAAUGCAUGUGUGUCCUGUUAAUAGUGAGUCUCUUUCAGGUGAUAAUGCUGACUAUUUCCACAGCAAUAGGGCUGACAUCCCAGCUGAUAAUAAUAUUUUGUCUGUAGUCCGCCAGUUGAAGAAACCAACUGCAGAAAUUAAAAGAUUUGGGGGAGAUCCAAUGGAAUACCGAAAAUUCAUUCGUCAGUUUAACAUUAAAGUGGUAAUGAACUCUGAUAGUGAUGAUGAACGAAUGAGUUUCUUGGAGCAAUUUACUGUUGGUGAAGCUAAUCGUAUUGUCUCUGGAUUUAGCCAUCUUCCAGCGGAACAGGGAUACCCUGCAGCUCUCAAGGAGUUGGAAACGUGAUAUGGAGAUGCACAGCUCAUGGCUAGUGCAUUUAUCAAACGAGCAUUGGGUUGGCCGACUGUGCGUGCAGACAACGCCAAGGCCCUUGAUGACUUUUCCAUUCUGUUGGUAGAGUGUGAAAAUGCUGUGAAGAGUAUUCAGGCUGUUAAAGUACUCGAGUACCCAGACAAUAUAAAACGACUAGUGAGUAAGUUGCCAUUUUAUCUACAUGAUAAAUGGAGGAACAUAGUUCAACACACUGCCAGAAAAGGAGACACUGUAGAGUUUCAUCAGUUGGUGGAGCUUGUAAGAGAUGAAGCACGAAAGGCAAAUGAUCCAAUUUAUGGGAAGGAUGCUUUGAUCUUGGAGCACAAAGCACAUGAUGGAAAACGACAACCUUCUAAGCAACCUGGAACAAAUCGUACAAGGGCUAGCUUUCUAACUGAUAUGUCAGAAAUUGUUCAGAUUGAAAAUUCAUCCGCAAUUGGUCCAGCUCAGAAAGAACGAGGUGUUAGGAAUGCACUGCAGAAACCAAAACAGCAGUUUUCCAGAAAACACUGUACAUAUUGUGAUCGUACCACCCACACAACAGAUAACUGUAAGGACUUAUUGGCUAUGCCCAUUUUGGACAGAAAUGAAUUUGUGAAGUCCAAAAGGCUUUGCUUUGGUUGUCUAAAGCCUGGACAUUAUAAAAACAAAUGCUAUAACAAAUUAGUGUGUACGACCUGUAAGUCUCAUCAUCCUACAAUGCUGCAUGACGAUAGCAGAGUCGGCAAGUUGAAAGGUUUGUUAAAAACAGAAAACGAGAAUAGCGACAGUAAAAUUUCUGUCCAGGGUGUAUGUGGUCAUACGAGGGCCGGAAAGGGUGAAUGUACCAUGGCCAUUAUUCCAGUUAGAGUGAAGCUGAAAAAUGGUUUACGCGAUGUCAAAACAUAUGCUUUCUUUGAUCCGGGUAGUAGCGUCAGCUUUUGUUGUGAAAGUCUAGUUCGAGAGCUUGGUGGAAUGGGUCAUCGCAUGUCUAUCACGCUGGAUACAAUGGGAAAUCCAUUUUCGAUGGAAACAUAUGCUGUUGAUGGCCUGCAAGUCUGCGACCUGGAAUUGGAUAACGAAAUUGACCUGCCAAGGGUAUAUACUAAAGACAAAAUUCCCGUUUCUAAGAGACUCGCUCCUACCAAUAAGGACAUAUCUUGCUGGAAACAUUUAGACGAUAUAAAUCUUCCAGACAUUACAGCCGAGGUUGGCCUGUUAAUUGGAAACAAUGUACCUGAUGCCUAUACCCCAUUUGAAGUCAAGUCCGGACCAGAGGGCAGCCCUCAUGCUGUCAAGACGAGACUUGGAUGGAUUGUGUGGAAUAUGAUAAGAGAAGGAGAUAAACAAGUUGAACAGGUCGAUUCUGUCUUCACAGUAAACCGUGCCGAGAUUGUAGCAGUGCAAGAGAUGGAACAGCUUAAGCAGUUAGAUAAACUGGUAAGAGAUUCAAUCAAUCGAGACUUUCCAGAAAGGCUUAUUGAUGAUAAAAAGGAACACUCCCAGGAAGAUAAGAAGUUUUUGGACUUGGUGAAUGGUUCUAUCACCCAUAGUAAUGGUCACUACUGCAUUGGUUUGCCAUUUAAAGAGAAUGGCGUCAAAUUGCCAGAUAACAAAUUACAGGCUUUGCAGCGUCUUGCAAGCCUAAAACGCAAAUUACAAAAGAAUUCAACAUUUUGUGAAGAUUAUGUUGAAUUUAUGUCCAAGGUUGUCAAAUGUGGUUAUGCUGAACAAGUUCCAAAGGAAGAACUUGAAAGAUUAGAUGGCCGUGUAUGGUACAUCCCACACCAUGGUGUCUAUCAUUCCCAUAAACCUGGGAAAAUUAGGGUUGUGUUCGACUGUGCAGCAACCUAUAAGGGGACAUCUUUGAAUAGCGUUUUACUUCAGGGACCUGAUUUAACAAACAUUCUACUAGGUGUUCUCUUUCGUUUCCGACACGAAGAGGUCGCCAUUAUGGGAGAUAUUGAAGCUAUGUUCUACCAAGUCCAUUUACCCAAGGACGACAGCGAUUGUCUUCGAUUCUUUUGGUGGCCAGAGGGAAAUCUCCAUAAAGAGCCAACAGUGUAUCGUAUGCAAGUUCAUCUGUUUGGUGCCACAUCUUCUCCUAGCUGUUCAAGCUUUGCUCUUCGCCAUACAGCAGAGGAAUUCAGUGAUGAAUUUAAAGCAGCAGCCAAUGUGAUAAAGAGACAUUUCUAUGUAGAUGACUGUUUGACCUCUGUGAAGUCAGAAGAAGUGGCUGUAGACUUAAUUAAGGAAACGGUUGCCCUCUGCAAGAAAGGUGGCUUUCGUUUAACAAAGUGGAUUUCCAAUAAUCAUCAUGUGCUGGAUUCGAUCCCGGUAGAAGAACGGGCAAAGGAUGUCAAGGAACUUGAUUUAGAGCACCACCGUCUUCCAAAUGAAAGAGCGCUUGGUGUAGUCUGGUUUGUAGAAUCUGAUACUUUAGGCUUUAAAAUUCAGCAACACAAUAAACCACCUACAAGGCGUGGUAUUCUGUCAACAGUAAGCUCUGUAUAUGACCCUUUGGGGAUGGCCGCACCAUUUGUUCUGAAUGCCAAACUACUUCUUCAAGAUCUGUGCCGCCGCAAUGUUCCCUGGGAUGAAGAAAUCAAAGGAAAUGAUUUAAAGAUUUGGCAACAAUGGACAAAUGAAUUAGGUGAUCUGGAGAAACUGAAUUUACAACGAUGCUACAAACCACGAUCAUUUUAAAGAACUAACCCUGUUUUUCGUAAAAAAAAAAAAAUUGCAGAUGUCCUGUUAUGAACAUUGACCUAUAAAUAAUUCAAAUAACAUUUUACAACAAUUAUUUUUGUAUAACUAUAAUCACAAUAGACACCUACAGUUGUGACAAGAACAAAAAUCGAUGUAACUUUGUUAUUUACUUUGAGAUAUUUAUUGUAACAUAGAGCCUAAAAAUUUCCGUUAAAAAAUGUCCCCUCCUAAACAUGGGUCAAAUAAAUAUAUACAGGCAGGUAACAACACUUUAAUCAUAUAGUACAUGCAUAAUAGCUUACAAAAACUAAUUUGUAUAAUUAUUGUGUUUGUGUGAAUUGUAGUUCUGUAAAUACACAAGAUUUUGCAUAUUAAACAAAAUGUCCCCUCCUAAACACAAUUUUAACAUGUAUAUUUAAACAUCUUUUUGCAAAGUGCUUUCAUUACAUUAUCAAUAUAUUUACUUGAAUGGAUGCAAAAUACAAUUCUAUACCAAUUUCAUAAUGUAUAUGAAGUUUGUUUGAUAGAUUUUUUGUAAAAGGGUUGUGAGAUAUGAUGCAUUAUUGAGAUAAUUAAACAAACACACCCACAACCCCAA